UCUUGUAAUAACAACAGUUUUUCUCCACAGAGAAAAGCUGUAAUUAUUUUAAGAAUUAACAAAAUAAAAACUUUAAAAAAAAUGGCCCGUCAACUAUUUUUUGUAGCCCUCAUUUUUGUAGCCAUGAUCAGCAUGGUUAUGGCUGAAGUAGCCCCAUCUGCAUCACCUAAAUCAUCACCCUUAUUAGAAUCAGCACCAAAAUCUUCACCAAAAGCAGCACCAACAAUGUCAUCAGCACCAUCAUCUUCUCCAAAAGCAUCACCUUUAGCUCCAUCACUUGCACCUUCAACUUCUGAUAACGAACAAGAUAUUUCAGCUCCACCAGCACAAGCCAGUGAUCCCAUUGAGCUAUACGCUCCUGGAGCUGCCCCUGCUAGUGAUGACUUUGCUCCCGAGGCAUCCGAGGCAUCCCCGGCAGCUGACGAGGCCGUUAGUGGUGCCGCCGCUAUUCGAUUCUCUGUCGCUGCUUCCACCAUCGCCCUUGUCAGCUUCUUUGCCAUCUAAUUGAGAUAGCUAUUUUUAUAGUUGAUGUUGCUGUUUUUGAUGAGGUGUAUUGAGAUUUGUUUGUGUAGCAACUCAAUAUUAUAUAACACUACGUGUUUCGAGUGUAUGAUUCAAUAUUACUGAUGAUUAGGUUAAAUCAGAUAUAUAAUGAGGAAAAAGUUGCAAUA